GUUAACCCGAUAACCGAUUCGGGUUAACCGAAUAACCGAAUUUUUUUAAUUAAUUUAAUAUUUUAAUUAUUAAUUAGUAGAAAAAUAGAAAUUGUACAAAAUUGGGAGAAAAUUGAAUGAACCCUAGUCCAGCCUCCCUCCUCCCGUUAGUUCCGUUCGCCCAUCUUCCUCUUCCCAAAUCCCGUCGCCCUCCCCUCUCCGUCCGACCGUCCAACGCCGUCCGCCGCCUCCGUGAGACGCCGCCCUGCCCUUCGCCACGCUGCAUCAGUCGACGCCGCUUCGCCACGCUGCAUCAGUCGACGCCGCCCUGCCCUUCGAUUCUGAUUCAGUCCAGGACUUCAGGCUGCUCAGCGACGCAGCUCCGCCACGCCGCCGGCCACUUCGCUGUUCGUCCGCCGCCCCGUGAUGAGUUCACUUGGUUCUGGAGAGGUAAAUGCCACAGCAAGUGCACCCGUGCAAAGUCGUACCGGCCCCUCUAGCUCGAGAGCUUGAUUUAUGUUGAUCAUGUUUUUGAACUUAUGAAUUACUAGAUGUUUGCUCGUGUUGAACUUAUAUUUUUAUUCAUAUUGUUGAACUUGUGUUUUUAUUCAUGUUGGUGAACUUGGUAUGUUGACAGGUUGAAUUUAGUUGGCUAGUUAAUUUGAGUUAUUA